AUGACAAAGCUAUUUUUUGCAAUUGGCUUGGGGCCUCAAAGUUUUUUUAUUGCUUCUGAAAUGGUCGGACAGGCAGCUCGAAGUGUUUCUCAGGGCUGCGCGAUGGCUUCUCAAAUGAUUGCGAGAACUAUUUGUAUUGCUGUGUUUUUGGGAUUAAAAGAAGCUGUUGGUCAAUCAUUUGCAUUUCUUAUUUUAUUCGUCGCUCCAAUGAUAUUCUCCAUGUUGUAUUUAUACUUUCGUAUGCCGGAAACUAAGAACAGAAAUCAUAAAGAGGUUAUUGAAGCAAUGGAGAAGCUGCCAUCAAUUGCAAACUGUUUUAAGAGCAGAAAACGGCAUUCUAAAAACGUUUACAGUGUGUACGCAACUCCGGUUUUAGCUUACGGCACGCUUACUCAUAACGAAAAAUUCUGA